AGGCCUGGAUAAUAGGACUGUUGGAAACAGUAGCCUGGGUAGUUUGUGACACACGCAUCAUAAGCUCAAGAUAUCAGUCGUGGCCGGCAAACUAAUCGGAUUCCAGCAUCAGUAUCGAUGCAGUUUCUGCCGCGCCUUCUUUUCUAUUGUCUUUGCCAGGGAUACCACGCACUUGAUUUUCCGGCUCCAUUCGACUCUUCGGGGUGUAUAAAAGGCCUAUAUCCACUCUCUAUAUUAAUCGUGGGCUCCUCAAUUCAUAUUAUGAGUAUUCACACUACUUUGGACCCUGUAGUUUGGUGUCAUGUCAUACAAGGUCGGGGUUGUCGUGACAGUCGAUCGCGCUACAUAUGCGAACCUAAGGUAGUGCAAUUCUCGUGUCAGUUCUGAUCCUAUAUGAUCGAUAUACUAACGAGACCCAUACCACGUCU